CUCUUGCAGUCACACUGUAAUAUAAGUUCAAAGAAAGCUCAAACUUUAAUUAACGGAAAUUACACUUGAUAAAAAUGGAUCAGUUAAUUAAAGUCAAUUGAAACUCCAAGUUCAAGAUGUUGCUGCUGGAUAUAAUAACUAAAAAUCUCUCGAACGAGGUCUAUAUAAUUGCGGAAAUAGGCCAAAAUCAUCAAGGCAGUUUAGAAACAGCUAAAUUGAUGAUUCUGGAAGCAAAAAAAGCAGGAUGUCAUUGCGUUAAAUUCCAAAAAUCCGAUUUAAGAGCAAAGUUUACACGAUUCGCCCUUGAGCGAGAGUACGUCAGCGAUCAUGCCUGGGGAAGAACUUAUGGUGAACAUAAAGAAUAUCUGGAAUUCUCCAAAGAACAAUAUCGUCAGCUUCAAGCUUAUAGCAAAGAAAUUAAAAUUGAUUUCACUGCCUCUGCUAUGGAUGAGAAAUCUCUUGAUUUUCUUGCCGAGCUAAAGGUGCCCUUCAUAAAGAUUGGCUCUGGAGAUGCUAAUAAUUUUCCCAUGCUGAAAAAAGCUGCUGCAAUGAGAAUUCCUUUGGUUAUAUCGACAGGAAUGCAAACCGUGUCAACUGUGGAUAAAAUCGUUGAAAUAAUGAAACAAGCUGGAAACAAUUUGUUUGCUUUGAUGCAUUGCGUUUCUUCAUAUCCGACUGCAUCUAGUGAUUGCAAUUUGCGGAUGAUACCCGCUUUUAUGACACGUUUCCCAGGUGUAACAAUCGGGUACUCGGGCCAUGAGUUGGGUGUCUCGAUUAGUAAAGCUGCCGUGUUGUCAGGAGCAAGAAUAGUUGAGCGACACUUUACUUUAGAUAAGAAUCAAAAAGGAUCUGAUCAUCGCUGCUCUCUUGAGCCUAUUGAGUUAUUAUCCUUAGUAGAAGGCAUAAACCAAUUUAAGGCCAAUCAAACUCUUUGCAAACCUAGCUAUACUUCAAAUGAAAUAACUCAAAUAUUAGACGAAGAAAAUGAUGAAUUAAAAGUAGCAUUGGCAGAGAUUACUCAAAAGGAAAUCUUGCAAAGUGAACUCGCUUGUCGUCGCAAAUUAGGUAAAUCAAUUGUGGGAGCCCGAAAUUUACUGAAAGGACACAAACUCCAAGAAGUCGAUUUAUCAAUUAAAGUUAGCGAACCAAACGGCAUAACUGCAGAAAAAUAUUUUGAUUUAAUUGGCAUGCAACUAUUGUGUGACGUUAAUGAAGACGAACCCAUAACUGAGAAUGUGCUGGCAUAA